AUGGAAGAAAUCAAUAGCUGUGAGGCCCAAAAAGCCUUCAGCCAGUUGUUCUACCUGGUGCUGCUGAGGACACAGAUCCUGGAGCCUCAGGAGAAGCUGCAGGGGGAAUCACAAGGACAGGGAGAACCACAGGGACAGGGGGAACCACAAGGACAGGGAGAACCACAGGGACAGGGAGAAUCCCAGGGACAACCCCAGGGACAAGGAGAACCAAAGGGACAAGGGGAACCACAGGGAGAAGGACAGGGGGAACCACAGGGACAAGGGGAACCACAGGAAGAACCCCAGGGAGAACCCCAGGGACAGGGACAACCCCAGGGAGAACCCCAGGGACAACCCCUUCCCCAGCAGCUGGGAAGGGCAGGUUAG